AUGAGAUGGUUCUUUUUCAUACUAUUUUAUACGAUCUUAUGUAUUGAUAUAGAUGAACCCAUCAACCUAGGGUCAGGAAUAUCCUUACCAUCACUUGAACAAAGAGAUAAAUCUGAAGGGUUACAGGAAUUCACACCUAUUAAAUCCACCAUUGGACAAUCAGAGACUCAAUUCUUUUCUUUCAAUGUUAACACAUCUUCUGGGGUAGGAGAAUACUAUGAGUUCUUGAUCUUCUUAACAGGGAAUAUUUGUUCUCAACCCAGUAAUGUCGAUGCUAAUGAUACCAGUUUAGCAGUUUAUUAUUCCUUUAAUUCAUCAAUGUUUCAGAAUUUUGAAUUAGCUCAAAUGGAAUUGUUUCAUAACGGAUAUUUCCAAGCUUUAGCAGAUGUUCCCAUCACCCUGACAGAAAACCAGAACACUGUUUUAUAUAUCGCCGUUAGAGCCCCGCAAAAUGUCGACAUCACCAGUACCUGGAUGUAUGAGAUCGGGGUCAGUCAAAAUGAUUUGGUUUUCCAAUGGGAUGAUAGGAGUUGGGCCACAUUGGUUGAUACUGAUGAGGAUUCUGCUUUGAUAGUUACAGGUAACUUAACCAGUGAUGGAGAUUAUGAGAACGUUAAUGUAUCCAAUUCCAGAUUCUCCCUAUAUAUCUAUAGUGAUGAGUACCGUCAUUAUUUCGAUAGUUUGAACAGUAGUUGGUGUGCCAUUAGAAACGGGCCCGUAUUACUUGAUCCUUCCAAGCUAGAAAGUAGUUUUACUACCAGAAGUGGAGGUUUACAACAACAAUUCCAUGUAACCGGGUUAAACUCCUCCACACGAUACAUCGCAUACCUUGUUUCAGAUUUUGCUGGGAAAGAUUUCGGUGGAGCAGUUUAUCAACCGUUUGAAUUCGAAACCAUGGACAAAGAUGCAUGUGACUUGAUCUACGAUCUAGAGUUUUGUAAUAAAGUAGCUUAUGCUGUCCCUAACAAUCCCCUGCUUACUAAAGAAGAGUUAAGGACUAUGUAUGAUGAUAGAGCUCAAGCAUUAUUCCAGAACUUUUCGAAGGCCCUACAACAAAUUCCUUGUAAUGCUUCCCAAGAUUCUGUGUUUUCACCUAUUAGAACAUGUGACGAUUGUGCUUUAUCAUAUAAAAAUUGGUUAUGUGCUGUAACUAUUCCUCGUUGUUCAACCAGAAAUAUAACCGGAUAUGUAUCACGUGACGUGGGGAAUAAUCGUAAUUCAUGGAUUGAUGAUAAUAUUCAACCUUACCAAGAGUACUAUGAAGUGUUGCCUUGUUUCAAUGUAUGUGAAGCCAUAGUAAGAGACUGUCCGGCAGAUUUUAAUUUCGUAUGUCCCAAACACAACGAUUCCAUUAAACUUUCGUACUAUUGGGGCGUUGAUGGGGAAUUCCCAACAUGUAACUUCGUCGGAGACUCGUUCGAUGUCACUUCUACGGCAGUAAAGUUGGUAGUAAAUAGUCUUUUAGCAUUGGUGGUUUUGGUCCAUCUUAUAUAG